GAUCGGAUCAGUUGCGAUUCAAGCCGGACCGAGGAUCGACGAGCUCCGUUCGUACGACGACGACGACGCCGUGCAGCAUCCCGUACAUACGAGAGCUAGAGUGUCGAUCGGAUCGGAUUUGGAAUUCGAAAAGCAAACGGUGUGAUCUAGCUGAAAAGAAAAAUAUUUAGAUAGGUCUGUGUGCAACAACGACUGAAGGGUGUAAAACAGACUGUAAUUAUACGUUGAUAUGGGGGGAUGUCAUUAUCGUGGAUGAGAUAGUAUGGUUCCUCUGAACGCUUCCAAUCAACUCGGGAUUUGGUGAGAACCGCUACAAGUCACCCACUGACAGGCCCACUCCACCCAGGGGACAGACAACAACUUAUCCUCGUGUGAUAACGACAGCUCACUCCGUUCCCCGAGAUAAUGUGUUUUUGAAAGAAUAGGUGCUUCUAAUCGGAAACAUGUGCACCCCCGGAGGCAGUGGACGUAUCUAUCUCUCACCUGGCAUCGGUGAUGUCUGGGAGGUCGUCCGGUGAUAGCAGCAGUGUAAUUGUACGUUAGCUUGUGCCCAAAAACCAGCUGCCGCCAGCUUUAGUACGCGGUGGUGUACCGAUAGAAGUGCAGCCGCGAUUGUGCGGUGAACGUGAGGAUCACUUGAAGAUCGUCCCCAAAUUCCAAUACCAGUGCGCAAGAGUUGAACAUAGUGUUCCAGAUACUCUUCUACCUUGAUUCUUUCUUAGAGAAUAAAACAACACAGAAGCGUAAGGUUGAAUUUCGUACCAGUGUCAGUGCGAUCGCGAAAGCAUCCCUCUUAACGAAAGGUGACAUACGGUUUCCAAACGGUGAAAAACUGUCACCGUUCCGGUCCGGCCACCGAUCGUGAGUAGCGAGUCAGUGUCACCGCUAUUUGGAGUGGUUUUUCGGUAGGUUAUUUUUGCGCGGGCAGUGAAGAAGCAGCUAAAGAAGCAGUGAUCCAAACCUGUCUCGUGGACGAUGGCGAUCCGUGUGACAAAGAAAUGCUUCCUACUGUCCACGCUCGGUGUGUUGGUCGUGGCAGCGGCACUGACCGUGACCCUGGUGCUGGUGCUGCGGGACGAUGAAGAGAUCAGUGAAACCUAUCGCUUUGCAGCCAGCUCGAUCGAGGUACGGCUCGAGGAGCAACCGGACCAUCGGUACGUCCUGAGCAUCCGCCGAGGUGACGAUCGCGUGCAAAGGAUUACCUUCGAUCAUGACUUCACGGAUGACUCGGACAUCGAAACGUUCCCGAAAGGUAUGCGACUGUACGGUAACGGCCACAGCGUGGAAAUUCGUGAAGUAGAGGACAGCGCCGGCUUUGCCUACCUCAGUAUCUCACGCACCCUGCGCAAGGGCCAGAUCGGUAGCGAUGUGCUGCAUCUGCACGAUACGUUCGGGGCGGAACAAACCCCGCUCCACUGGUACGGCGGCCCGGAACUGAUGGAGCAGUACUAUCCGAUCGAGAAGCUGCGGUUCGACGACUACCCGUACAUCACGAAGGAACUGCACAGUGCGGCCAUCAUCGAACGCUACUGGCUCAGCACGGCCGGGGUGUUCUUUUACGUCGAAAAGGAGGUGCCACUGUUUAUCGACCAGAACGAUCAGGUGCUACGGUUUACCGCAAAAAAGGAGCUGCCCUACUACACGUACGACGACGAGUUUGUGUUCAACUACCGCAUCGGUGUAGCGGCCGAUGCGCGGGAAGCGCACCAGAAGGCGGUCGAGCGGGUGCUGAACCAACCGGUAGACAUUCCCGACGAGCGCAUGGUACGGCAACCGAUCUGGUCCACGUGGGUGCGCUACCGCCGCCCGAUCAGCCAGCAAACGGUGCUGGACUUUGCGCGCGAAAUCAACGCGUACGGGUUCAAGAACGCCCAGCUCGACAUCGAUGAUCUGUGGGAGGUGUGCUACGGAUCGCUCACCUUCAACACGAUCACCUUCCCGAACGUGACCGAGAUGACGGAAACGUUGCGCGAGAUGGGUUUCCGCGUGACGCUGUGGGUGCAUCCGUUCAUCAACAAGAACUGUGAUCCCUGGUACACGGAGGCACUCAGCAAGGGCUAUCUGGUGAAAUCGCACAACGAAACGAUCGGGUACAACACCAAGUGGUGGAACAGUGGCGAAAACGAGGCGUCCUACAUUAACUUCAACAACCCGGACGCAGUCGAAUGGUACCGGCGGCGGUUGCGCGAACUGCAGGAGCUCGGCAUCGACAACUUUAAGUUUGACGCGGGCGAGACGAGCUGGGCACCGGCCGAUCCCGACAUUGAAGGGACCACGGCACUGCUACCGUCGAGCCAAACGGUUAACUUCGUGCGCAUGUGUGCCGCCUUCGGUGGCAUGAUCGAGGUGCGCACCGGUUGGGGAACGCAGGAUCUGCCCGUGUUUGUGCGGAUGCUCGAUUUCGACACACGCUGGGGCUGGAACAAUGGGCUACUGUCGCUGAUACCGACCCUGCUGCAGAUGAACCUGAACGGCUACCCGUUCGUGCUGCCGGACAUGAUCGGUGGCAACGUGUACGGGGACGAUAUACUCACGAAGGAGCUGUUCAUACGCUGGCUGGAGGCGAGCGUCUUCAUGCCGAGCAUACAAUUCUCCAAGACGCCGUGGGAUAUUGAUGAGGAGAGUAUAACAAUAUCGAAGAAAUUCGCUCAGCUGCACGAAACCUACUCAGACUACAUUAUCCAGCGGAUGCGACUGGCCGUAUCGCACGGUACACCGGUAAAUCCUCCCAUCUGGUGGCUCGAUCCUACCGAUAAGAUCGCCCAAACUAUCUACGACGAGUACCUGCUCGGGGAGGACAUUGUGGUAGCACCGGUGCUGGCGGAGUUUGCUACCACCCGGGACAUAUAUCUGCCCAAGGGUACGUGGCGUGAUGGCAACACGAACCGCGUGCACGAAGGUGGCCGAUGGAUCUACAACUACACCGCACCGAUGGACACGCUGCCAUACUUUGUCUCUGCCACGUUCCAGCUAAACUAAGCGGGGCGGUCUGUCGCAACCAAAUUACGCUAGUUCCUUAUACAAAGCAACGAAAAACCGGGUUCCGAAUUUGGAUGGUAAAGUAAGCAGAACACAUAGUGAUUUAUAUUUACCUACUACUUUUCCAUCAAAAACCAAAAUAAAUUAGAAACUAUUGACGUACAAGGGAAGGGAGAGAAAUGUA